AUGGCUCCUCCUCCUCCUUCUACCUUGCCGCUGGGUGAGAGACUGAAGGCUUUGGCGCAGACCCUGCAGUUUGCUUGGUUCGUUGGACAUGUGACACUCUUGCUCUCAGUCUUCCGCUACUCCUUGUCUUGCCUCUUCUUCAAUUACUACUCUUCUUCGGCCCAACUCGCUUAUCGCCUGACCUUUAUUUCGGCUGCCGUUACCUACGGAAUUGUUGUGUACAAAGGUCACUUUGCCCGAGGUGUGCAGGGCACCCCUCUGGCAAUUGUGCUGAAGCUCAUCUCUGAUGAGAAUGUGCAAUACCUUGGAAUGGCUCUGGUCUGGCUUUACUCGCGCCAGCUUAUCUUGGCGCUUCUGCCCUUCAGCGUCUACUCGGUCUUCCACGUCGCAACCUACAGCCGCAUGUACCUGAUCCCCACCCUGCAGCCCGCUGCUCCCACCGCUACCCCAGCCUCUCCUACCUCCCCCAACUCCAAGCCUGCCGCCAAGCAGUCUCCCCUCGCCGAGACCAUUGGGCGCUUCAUCAAGCAGUACUACGAUGCCAGCAUGGGUGUCGUUGCCACUCUCGAAAUUGCGCUGCUGCUCCGCCUCGUCCUGUCCGCUAUCACUUUCUCCAAGGGUAGCUGGGUGCUCCUGAUUGUCUACCUGUCUUUCUUCCGCGCUCGCUACGCUCAGAGCUCCUUUGUGCAGCAGGCUGUUCGCCAGCUCACCGCCCGUGCCGAUGCUACUCUUGCCCACCAGAGCACUCCCCCUCAGGUUCGCCAGGGCUGGGAGGCCUUCAAGGGUAUUGUGCGCCAGGGUUACGAGGUCACUGACAUUGGUCGCUACAUCUCUGGCUCUUCUGCCCCCAAGAAGGCGCAGUAA